AUGGCGUCAUCGACGCAGCGUGAGGAUGAACGCUGGGACCAGAUGACGGAGAGCAUCGAUUUGCUCUUCGCUCGGAUGGGUGGUGUGGAACGCGUUCAGAGUCAGAUGGCCGCCCAACUCGAUCUGAGCACUCAAGUCAUGGAUCAGUUGCUGCGUGACCAGAACACUUUGGCUAAGCAGAUGGAUACGACAGGAAAGACAGUGUCCAACCUCGCUCAGCAGUUUUCGUCCUCAACACAAGCCCCAUACGGCCGUCAACGUGUAUUUCCAGCAGAUUCUUCCAGUUCGGGUGAGCCCCCUGUUAAUCCUUCAUUUCCUGCUGCUGCUCAUCGCCACGCUGUACCUAAAAUGUCUUUUCCCAAGUUCACUGGUGCUAAUCCUACAAUUUGGCGUGACAAAUGUUUGGAUUAUUUUCACAUUUUCAACAUACCUGAGACACUUUGGACCCCUACUGCUGCUAUGAAUAUGGAUGAUAAUGCUGCCAAAUGGUUACAAGUGCACAAGUUGAAGUAUGGUCUAGGCACAUGGUCUGAAUUUAUAGCUGCUGUUGAAUCACACUUUGGGUCUUAUGCUUAUCGUGAUGCCCUCAAUGACCUCAUCGCCCUAGAACAGGAGGAUUCCUUGGAAGAAUAUAUUGCCACUUUCACAGAUUUGCAAUACCAAGCAUCCAUGCAUAAUUUGGGGUUGGAUGAAAUUUUCUUCGUUACACAUUUUGUCAAGGGUCUGAAACUGGAUAUUCGUGUUAGUGUGCAAUCUCAGGCACCUGAGACAGUUAAAAGGGCUGUGAUGCUUGCUAAGAUACAACAACAGUUAUUGGACAGUAAAAAGCUCUACAAGCCCAAAUCAUUCAAUGGGCUAAAGUCACAAGGGACAAUGUCCAAGAGUGACAGCAGGUCUUCUUCCUCCAGUAGCUCUUUAUGGAAAGAGAGGCAACUCCGGGAUUAUCGCAAAGCAAAUGGCCUGUGUAUGUAUUGUGGGGAUAAGUUUGACAAAAUGCAUGCCACCACUUGCACUAAACGUCCCCAGGCUCAGGUUCAUGCAUUGGCAAUCAAUGACCUAGACCAAGCUUUAACUGAAGAGGUUCUCACUCAAUUGGCAGUGGAGGAUUCUCUGCAGGAAGAAUUUGAGCAGCUAUCUCUUAAUGCUUUAGCUGGCACCGCUUCGGGUGAAGUCAUGCGCCUUCGAGCAACUGUUAAGAACAAGGUAAUGUUAAUUUUGCUGGACAGUGGCAGCAGUCAUAGCUUUGUCAACUCCUCUUUUCUAUCCACUGUGGGUAUUACACCAGUACCUGUUUCUUCCAAGAAGGUUAAACUUGCCAAUGGACAGAUACUUGUGAGUGCUGCAAUAGCACCUGACAUGGAAUGGUGGUGUCAGGGGCACACUUUCAGGACAGACUUGCAAGUGUUGGAGUUGGGUGCUUAUGAUGCAAUUUUGGGGUAUGAUUGGCUGAAACAACAUAGUCCUAUGACUUGUCAAUGGGAGCAGCACACUGUGGAAUUCAUGGAGCAGGGCAAACUGGUUACACUUAAGGGAGUUCCUCCAACUCCUUUAACAUUAUCUGCAGUCCAGGCUGACAGCUUUGUGAAGUGGCAUAAGGGCAAUGACAUCUGGGCUUUAGCAAUGGUUGAUUUGGAAACUCCAGCCCCUUCACCUCCUUCCCCAGAGAUACAGACCUUACUGCAUGAAUUUGAUGAUGUCUUUGCUAAACCAGCAACUUUACCCCCUCAGCGUGUUUAUGAUCAUACAAUUCCCUUACUUCCUCAUACUACCCCUGUUAAUUCCAGACCCUAUAGAUACUCUCCUGUCCACAAAGAUGAGAUUGAGCGUCAAGUAAAAGAAAUGCUCACUGCUGGACUGAUCACUCAUAGCACUAGUCCAUUUGCUUCCCCAGUGUUAUUGGUCAUGAAGAAAGAUGGAAAUGACAAGAAGCAAGAAUAUUAUUGGAAGGAUGUAGCUAGUGAGUUCAACAGCAACCGGCCUACAGAUGUCCACAUGAGGACAGUCAAGAAACUGAAGACACAUUGGGGUACUGUUAAGAGGGAAAUUGCUAAGUUCUGUGGGGUUUAUGCUAAUGUUAGAGCUACCUAUACCAGUGGACAUUCUGAUGACAUGAUCAUGGAGAAAUCCCAUGCAUGGUACAAGAGUCAAUCAAGUGGCAAACCUUUCACUCUGGAGUAUAUGUGGAGAGAGCUCAAGGAUCAACCAAAAUGGCGUACAGUCGUCAAGAAGGAGUUAGGCAAGAACAAGAGGACUAAAAUUUCCGAGUCAGGAGCUUACACAUCAUCAUCAACUCAGGACACUGAACAAGAAUCAGCAAGUAAAGAGAGGCGCCCUGAGGGACAGAAAAAGAAAAAGAAAGACUAA